AUGGGGAAAACAAAGAAAUUCAUGAUGAGCAACAAGACUGAAUCAACCAUGUGGCUGCUUCGAUUGUUUACACUGAUAUCAACAUUCUUCUUUCUCUUUCCUGUUUUCGGAAUUGCUGAAGGUGGACAAUUUUACCAGCGAGCUUUACUGGCGAAUGCCCUGACCAGUUCUUUCCGGCUCCAUCAGCGUCUGCCCAGGUUCCAGUUCAGCAGGGCCUAUCUUACUCAGGCACUCUUGGAGGACAGCUGCCACUACCUGCUGUAUUCACUCAUCUUUAUUACAUCCUAUCCCAUUACCUUAUGCCUGGUACCAGUUGCAGUGUUUUCUCUGCUUCAUGCAACAGCUUACACCAGAAAAAUCUUAAAUAUCAUUGGCCCUAAUUCCAUGCCAUGGUUACGAUCCUUUUUAGACAAGAUGACAAUGCACCAACAGAGCUUGUUCAAGUUCAUUGCCUGCAAUGAGAUUCUUUUGAUGCCUGCAUCUGUUUUUACAUUGCUUGGUGGCCGGGCUCAUUUAUUCCUCCCUUUUUUCUACUAUCGUUUCCUGACCUUACGCUAUGGCUCCCGCAGAAAUCCCUACUGCAGGACAUUGUUUUAUGAACUUCGAGUGGCAAUAGAACACAUGACAGAGAGACCUUCCUGUCCAACCUUCAUCAGAAAUACAUGUCACAAGACGAUGAGGUUAAUUGGUAAACUUGCACCAAGUUCAUAAAAGAUGAAACUCUCCUGAGUAUCAGAUAAUCUGCAUAUGGCGGGCAUUCCUCAUACUUUAAAAUGCCCAGAAACUACCCCUUUGAACAGUAGUGUUUUCAUACUUUAUCAUAGCCCUUUUGUUUUUGUUCUACAUUUCUAACUUUUAGUUUUGUUCUCCACUUCUACCA